AUGGCCAGUAUGGUGACAUUAAGAAGAGAAGUGAUGAAAAUAUGUGAAUGGUUCCUUGAUCUACUGACAUUCCUUGGAUUUUAUCUCAUUGCUGUAUAUUGUAUUGUGGUAGAAUUUUAUUUGGAUCGGAUUCGCCGCUAUAAUGGAUUGUCACGAAUGAAACAUUUACUUAAAGCUAUAGAAAAAAGCAAAUUCAUUAAUACUUCAAGUCGAGAGCUUGUUGCCGUAAUAACCGGAGCGGACGGUAGUAUUGGUGCGGAAAUAACCCGUUUAUUGUUACGAUAUAAUUUCAAGGUUGUGUGUUUGGUUCGGAAUUGUGACAAUAGCGGCUGGCUGGAUAAUUCUGAAUACCAACUGAACUUGGUGUUGCGAAAUGUGGAUUUAUCCAACCUUCGGGAAGUGAAAGAAGUGGCAACGUUACUUGCGAACGAAUAUCCUCACAUAGAUCUCAUUAUCUGCAGUGCUGGUAUUAUGUUACAGCCGUUCAAGCUCACAUCAGACGGCUUUGAGACUCACUACGCUGUUAAUCUUCUUUCCCACGCCAUCAUGGUUAAUUGUUUGUUGUCGCCCAUGAUUAAAUAUUCUGCAGGAGAAAGCUGUGUCCGAGACAGUCGUGUUGUGUUCUUAUCCUCCGCCACCGCACACCUAGGGUUUUUUAAUUCUAUGCUUCAAGACAACUCUAAAAUGUUUCACACAUAUCGGAAUGGUUAUCAGGCUUACUCGACAUCGAAAUUUGCGAUAUCUCUUUAUAUUGAGGAGAUGAAUAAACAAAUGCAGCAGAAAUGUGUGACAGCAAACCAACGGACGGUAACCGCCAUUUCUGUACAUCCCGGUUGUGUCGCAAGUGGUUUGUACGAACAUGCAAAUACUUUAACCAAAGCCAUGAUUUUCCGACUUCUAUGGAUUGUAAUGAGAAAUCCAGCUUUAGCUGCAGCAGAAACGAUAGCCCUCGGAUGUGCUGAUAAUUUAAAAGGAGGCUGCUACUACCAACAUAUGACACCGACUAGAAUUCUGUGCACUGCAGCAAAAAAAAAACAACUCUAUGAGCGUGUAAGAAGCAUCAUAACAGACAUGGAAGAAAUGUAG